AUAAAGGUUUAUUGAACAAACGAUUCCCUUGUGUGUUCCUCCUCCCCACAGGCAGGCAGGAAACGCUCUCUGGAAGGGAGGAUGGACCGGUGGUAAACGAGGACGUUUUGACUCAUGAUUCCAAGGAACUGGGAGCGAAGCUCUCAGAGAGACUUCCGAGUUGGACCAACUGGAAAGAGAUCCGUCUGGGUUGGGCAGGAGUAUGGGGCGGACCCCCGAAUCUUGAUUCUCAGAAGGAGCUCGACCUUGAGGAGAUCCCUAAUUUAGAAGUACAGAGCUCCCAAUUUCGGACUGAGACUGGCGUGGAGGGCGAUGGUGCAGAGACCUCUAGUCUUUAAGGGUUGGUAACUCUGCAGUGGGGAAGGAAAGAGUUGAGCUCUGGCCCUGCCCCUUUCCUGGGAGGCUUCCAUUGAUUGGCUAUCCUUGAGGAACGUCAUACGGCCCCGCCCCGGCGCGCGCACCGCCGCGUGCCCACCCCCAGGUGACUGCUGCUGCAGCCUACACUAUCCCUGCCACAGCCUGCCGCCCGCAGAGCCGGAGCGGAGCCCAAGCGGCGCCAGGCCCGACUUGGGGCUUCUGGGCCGCGGCGCCAGGCGGGCGAUGCUCCAGCGGCCCGACCAGCCAUGGAGGCCGAGGCAGGCGGCCUGGAGGAGCUGACGGACGAGGAGAUGGCGGCGCUGGGCAAGGAAGAGCUGGUGCGGCGCCUGCGGCGGGGGGGGGGGGCGCGCCUGGCAGCACUGGUGCAGCGCGGCCGUCUUAUGCAGGAGGUGAAUCGCCAGCUGCAGGGUCACCUGGGAGAGAUCCGAGAACUCAAGCAGCUCAACCGGCGCCUGCAGGCGGAGAACCGCGAGCUGCGCGACCUCUGCUGCUUUCUGGACUCCGAGCGCCAGCGCGGGCGGCGCGCCGCGCGCCAGUGGCAGCUCUUCGGGACCCAAGCAUCCCGGGCGGUGCGCGAGGACCUGGGAGGCUGUUGGCAGAAGCUGGCCGAACUGGAGGGCCGCCAGGAGGAGCUGCUGCGGGAGAACCUGGCGCUUAAAGAGCUGUGCCUGGCGCUGGGCGAGGAGUGGGGCCCCCGCGGUGGCCCAGGCAGCUCCGGGGGUUCAGGCGCAGGGCCAACACCCGAGCUCGCCCUGCCCCCUUGCGGGCCCCGCGACCUAGGCGAUGGAAGCUCCAGCACUGGUAGUGUGGGCAGUCCUGAUCAGUUGCCCCUGGCCUGCUCUCCUGACGACUGAGGGCCCUGCUUGCACCGCGCCGACGCCCGCCUGAAUUGCUCCCAGAACGCCAGAACUGCCGUGGACCUCUCAACCUGGCCACCGCCCCGACUACGCACGAGGGGCCGAUGGCAUGGAUUAAGAAACCCUGGAACCAAGAAGGGUCCCUCGCUCUCGCUGGCAGGGCAGCAAGGGGACUGGAGCGGAAAGACUUGUUGGGGGUUGGGUGAGGGCUAAUAAACCGGGGCGGAAGCGGA